CAUGGAAUCGCCGCCGCUGAUCCCAGAGCGCGGAGCCCGACCCCUGCGAUCCCCACGGACCCCUUUUGUCCCCCUCUCCCCUCGACCCCCUCAGCCCCCUCAGCACCCCCUCGAGCGCACGGCAGAACGCGGCUUCGCAGACUCGGGGGGUCGCGGAGGCGGCGCGGGGCCUAGAGACACGGGAAGGCGGGGGAGGCGGGGGAGGCGAGGGGAGCCGAACCCCGGAGGUGCAGGGCUGGGGCCAGCAUGGGCAAGCAGAACAGCAAGCUGCGGCCCGAGGCGCUGCAGGACCUGCGGGAGAGCACCGAGUUCUCGGAGCAGGAGCUGCAGGAGUGGUACAAAGGCUUCCUCAAGGACUGUCCAGGGGGCAGCCUCACGGUGGACGAGUUCAAGAAGAUCUAUGGGAACUUCUUCCCGUACGGCGACGCGUCCAAGUUCGCCGAACACGUGUUUCGUACCUUCGACGCCAACGGCGACGGCACCAUCGACUUCCGCGAGUUCAUCGUGGCGCUGAGCGUGACGUCGCGCGGCAAGCUCGAGCAGAAGCUCAAAUGGGCCUUCAGCAUGUACGACCUGGACGGCAACGGCUACAUCAGUCGGGAGGAGAUGCUAGAGAUCGUACAGGCCAUCUACAAGAUGGUCUCCUCCGUGAUGAAGAUGCCGGAGGAUGAGUCGACACCUGAGAAACGCACUGACAAGAUCUUCAGGCAGAUGGACAAGAACCACGACGGCAAACUCUCCCUCGAGGAGUUCAUUGCUGGAGCCAAGAAUGACCCUUCCAUUGUUCGGCUGCUGCAGUGCGACCCGUCCGGCGCCACACAGUUCUGAGGAGGCGAGCGCUCAUCCAGCAGCACCAAAGCACGGAGCACGCGACGUCCCGUGUACCUCACAAUACCUCGCUUACCAUAUCACACUUCACGUACCACAAUGAGUGUACCAAUCGCACCGCAUGUAUCAUCAUGCUACACCACGCGCAUCGUACCCUACUUUGUGUACAAUGCUGCAGCUACCACACCACACAUCGCGCAGCACACCUUGCAUACCACCCCACGUGUACCACACCAAACACUUCACACCCUGUGUACCAUAUCACACAUUCCACUGUGUAUCGCACCACACAUCGCCACACGUAUCGUGUGACGUAAAACAUUCCACAUAAUAUGUAUCUCAACACAUACAACAUCACACCUCAAGUACCACAUCACAUGUACCACACUCACCGCGCAAUGUCUGAUGUAUGUCAUGCACCAAACCUCACAUUACCACAGUCGGCGCACAACUCACAAGUACCACACACAUUGUGGACCACACACCACACUGUGUAUACCAAAUUAUAUAUUCCGCAUUAUGCAUGCGCUACACAACAUUUCCUGAAUACAUCACUCCGCAUGUACCAGACACACUACACCCACACCGCAUGUAUUGCGCACACCACAGCAUACUCUGGGUACCAAAUGACAUUCCGUGUUAUGCAUGCACCACACCACGCGACACUUGGUGUCCACGUACCACAGCAGGACACUCCCUGAAUAUCUGGGCGGUGGCAGGAAGGGGGGGUGGGGGUUAAAGGCACCAUUCUUGGGUGGCACCACCACUUUGGUUGCUUCUUACAGCCCCGGCGGGACCACGGUAGCAUCCGGUGGAGCAGGAAGUGCUUGCUCAGCCACCGCUACUUGUCCUCGGCAGUCCUGAGGUUCAGUCGAUAGCGUUGUCUUAGGUGUGUGAGUGUAAUUUGCCUGCGCGUGUAUCCGUUUCGUGUUGAGGGAGCAGCGUGAGGAGCUGCAGGUGGCACGGGCGAUGCUGAAACUUCCAGCACGGGGGAUAUCCGGGGAAAUCCAAAUGACGCCUCUAGCCCUGUGGGGUCUUGGCGGAUGCUGCUCACAUUCCCAAUGUGUUCAAUUUAAAGAGAUUAUUUAUAAUUGCUCUUCCAGUGGAGGUUAUGAGAGUGGCUGCUGCUGCUGCCUUUUUUGAUUCGCUUGAUAAAGGGCCCAGAAAGCAUUGCUGUCUUAAACGGCUAGCUCAGAACUUGAGCUGGGAUAACCGAUUAUUUAAGUAAUCAAUCAAUUUCUCUCCUAAUUACCAGUCCCAUUACACGACCAAUACCAACAUAGUUGGAAUAAUGUUUAUCUCAGUUCCCACGUGUGUCACUUAAGCACAGACGACGUUUAAUCAAUUCACUUGAUCAAUUAAUCGUCCCAGCUGUCAUCUGAACGAGCCCCACCAUGCAGUGUCGGGGUUCAGAUGAGUCGCAGUGAGUGCUGGUGCUCGUUGCCAGGUGGUGCUGGCUGGGGAGAACAAUGGCGGCCCGAGCUCAGGCCCCACCACCAUCCAAAACACCGGCCUCACCUGCAGCUCCGGUCGCUGCUUUUGUGUUGCCGUGACGUCGCGGUCGUGUGUCCGUGUGGGGCUAUGUGAGCAAAGGGAACACUUUGGGACGCAUCUUGACCAUAUGAUGGUGCCGUGGGGGGACGUUCUGGCCUGGGGUCACUGUUGAACCAGGGGUUCUUUGUGAGCCUGGUGUUAAGUGUUGAACGUGGAGUCGUUGGUGAACCCAGUGUCAUUGUUGAACCUGGUUAUCAUUGGUGAGCCCUGAGGCACUUGUAACCUUUGAGUCAACGGUGAACCUGGUCUUUCAUAUUGAACUUGGAGUUGUUUGUGACUUUUGAGUUGUUAGUGAGCCCACGUGUGCCAGAGGGCAUGGCGCUCCGUGCUGGGCACGGUGAGUGGUAUGGAACCACGUGAAGCCACGCCGACCUUUGUGGCCUCCAGGCCAAAGAGUGGGACUGCCAUGACGCAUAUGGGGAACGGCCCCAUCCUGUGUAAGAAGAACGAGGCUGUGGAGGUGGUUUUGUAUUUUAACAAUUUUUGUAGUGAUGUCCGUAAUGUAAGGCCCUCCACACUCCCACAACCUCAUCCAGUAUUCUUCUCCAAGUCGCCAUCCCCAAGCCUGGUUCUCUUGGCGCAAUGGGUUUUGCUGUGAGAAUGUGUUUCGGGCUGCUUGGGGACAAAUCCCUGCGUCGUUGUUGGAUUCUGCACUGUGGAGUGGACAGCACUCAAUAUCCAGGUGUGGAAGGGAAGUCUCGCCUGUGGGGAUUGAAUUAGGGUUAGGGUGGUUUGGAGGUUUUGUGACCUGGAAUGAGUAAAUAACUCAACGAGGGAGGUUCCAGAGCACGAGGGGUCUCGUCCGCACAGAGUACGGAGGUGGGGGGCACCUGUGUGGGUUGUGGGGGCCGGGUAGGUGUUGUGCAUGAUCAGUUUACAGUGAAGCAUUUGUAAACAUUUCUUCUAUAGCAUUCCGUCCCACGCUGGCGCAAUAAACGCAGCGUGGCCAUUAAACGCACCCUGG